UGAUUUGUAUAAACAUAUACAGUUGAUCCCCGCAGUACGCUAUACUCGAUAUACGCGAUUUCGCAGUACGCGAUUUUUUGAAAAAUGACAGUUCAUUGCGUUUAUCGUUGUGGUUUAAACUCUUGAUAGUUUGCUUUGUCAUUUUCGUUGAUAUUUUGCAGUACAAUUUUUCUCUGCUUCGAUAGAAUGAAGUUUUUAACACGCAGUUUUAAACAGUCGUUAAAGGCCAAGCGGACAAAAUCAUCAUGUUCUCCUGCUUUGGCAAGUUUUGUUGUUAGUUAGGCAGAACGAGAAAGCAGUACGAUUUUGUCCACAUGGCUGCAACGGCCUAAAUUUCCAGAAAAUUUUCACUUGUUUUCACAAUCACUACACGUUGGUUCUUGUUUCUUUGGGCUGCGCUUUAAUCUCGAAGCGAUAAAUAUGGAAUCAAAUUAUAAAAAUAGUCGGAAGAAGUGUGCUAUAACAAUGUCAGAAAAGUUGGAAAUGAUCAAGUUGUUUGAAAAAGGAAAAAGUUAUGCAGCAAUAGCCCGGCAAAUAAAACGACCACAAUCAACAGUGCGGACCAUCAUCCAACGCAAAGAUAAUUUACUGAAUUUUGCGAAAGGAGAUUCAAUGGCCACUCGGAAACGUAAUGAGAUAAUAGAAGAAAUGGAACGCUUGUUAGUGAUUUGGAUAGAAGAUUUGUUAAAUAAGCGAAUUCCUCUCAGUUUACAAAUUAUCCAAACUAAGGCAAAAUCUUUGUAUCAAGAUAUAGAAAGCUCCACUGGAAUUACGGAAUGUACUGUAAACUCUUUCAAAGCCAGUUCGGGAUGGUUCAACAGAUUUAAAAAUCGUACUAACCUAAAGAACAUGAAGAUGCAUGGUGAGGCUGGAAGUGCAGAUGAAGAAGCAGCAGAAAACUUUCCUGGCUUGUUGGAAAAGAUAAUAGUAGAAAAGGGGUUUCUUCCGGAACAGAUUAUAAAUGUUGAUGAAACUGCACUUUUUUGGAAAAAGAUGCCCACAAAAAGUUAUGUUUUCGGCAAUAUGAUACCAAUACCUGGAAUAAAAUUAAAUAAGGAAAGAAUUACCAUCAUGGUUGGAAGUAACAUGACGGGUGAUUUAAAAUUAAAACCCUUGGCAGUAUACCAUUCACAAAAACCAAGAGCAUUUAAGCAUGUUCAAGUUCAGUCCUUGCCAGUGGUUUGGAAAUCCAACAAAAAAGCAUGGGUGACUCGUUCCAUUUUCAAUGAAUGGUUUCUUCAAAACUUUGUACCAGAGGUAGAAAAGUAUUGUAGAGAUAAAGGCAUUCCAUUUAAGAUCCUUUUGUUAGUUGAUAAUGCUCCAGGCCAUCCAAUAGAGCUCAACGAACUGCACCCUAAUGUUGAAGUCGUUUUCCUGCCACCUAGAACUACAUCAUUGUUACAGCCUAUGGACCAGGGAGUAAUUGCAACAUUAAAAUCGUACUAUCUUCGCAGAACAUUCACUCGCAUUCUUCAUACAAUAGAGCAAAAUCCAACAUUCAACAUAACUGAUGCCUGGAAAAAUUACGACAUUCUUUCUGCCAUACGUAACAUAUCUGCUGCAUGGCAUGAGGUUAAAUCGAGUACCAUUAAUGAGUGUUGGAAAAAAAUAUGCCCUGCUUUUUUUACACAUGAUACGACAUCAACUGAUGAAGAUGAACAAAUUCAACUUCUAAUAGAAGAAUGUGUGUCUGCAGCUAAUGUGUUACCAUUGGAAAUAGAUGCUGAAGAUAUACGCCAAUUUAUCUUUUUACAAGAAGAACCUCUAACGAACAAUGAGCUAAUUGAAGCAGAUACUUUAGAAGUAUUGGAUGAAUACAACGAGGAGUACGACGAAGAAGAUCUAGAACCUAUUCAAAAAAGAUUCAGCUCAAAAAGAUUGGAGGCUGCUUUCGAAAACAUAGAGAAAGCAUUAUCUGAAUUUCAAGCGAUGGAUGAAGACGAAGAAAGGUCCGCGAAUGUAAGCGAUCGAGUUAGAAAGGAAAUAGCGGUUUACAAAAAUAUUUAUAAUGACAAGAAAGUCAUCAAAAGACAGUUAUCAAUGGACAGUUUUGUACAAAAAUUGUAAUGUUUUCAUCAUAUAUAAUGAAACAUUUGUGAAUCAAAUAUACCGGAUUAUGAAUUCUUAA